GCCAAAGAAGCCUCUGCCUGCCCCGUCGCUGGACACCUUUGAUUUCACACUUGUCAUCACCAACAUUUGCAGAUCUACGCAGAACGCGUCCACAGCGAGGUAAAGUACGUACUGCCUUGUUGCUGGCGUCCUCUCAUCUCCCUGCCUGUCGUUGUGCACGCCCCUCCCUCCAGAUGUCUGACACAGAUUCGACGGCGACGCCCACCCCAAUGGGAAGUGCAGGCGUUCCGACGCAAGGCAAGUCGCUCUACCAUACCAUCCGGAUGCCCAAGGGCGACACCGUCUUCGACGGCACAGCAGACACACCCGAUGACAAAUGGUGGGCGAGGCGAGUGGGGGAGGACGCAGAUCAAUUGCCUAUCUUACUCGCUGUGUCUGUGUGUGUCUGAAUGCAGGAUCAAGAGGCGGCCUGAGAUGGUGCGUUUGACUGGGAAGCACCCCUUCAACAGCGAGCCGCCUCUGACCCUCAUCAAGGAGUCCUUCUACACACCACAGGAGCUCCUCUACGUCCGAACACACGGUGAGGACGAGGCGACAUGCACAUGACACGCACAAGACUUUGCAAAUGUCUGAACGUCUGUCUGUCUGUCCGCAAUGUCUUCCAGGCGACACUCCGCAGCUCGACGAGAAGACCCACAGCGUCAAGGUCGACGGUCUGGUGUCCAAGCCUCUCACGCUCUCUGUCGAGCAGAUCAAGCAGUUCUCCAAGACCGACAUCUCCAUGGUCAUGGUCUGCGCCGGCAACAGGCGGAAGGAGCAAAACAUGAUCAAACAGACAGUGGGGUUCAACUGGGGGCCCACGGGCUGCGGCAACGUCAUCUGGACCGGUGAGCAGACCAAAGAAAUGGAUUAAUUCCACCAAAUGGGCAGUGGACGUGUUUGCUGUGUGUGGUUGGCCUGUUAGGUUGCCUGUUGCGGGAUGUGUUGCUGCAUUGUGGUGUGGACACGGAGGAGGCACGGCACGUCUGCUUCGUCGGUGCAGACAAGCUCGCGUAAGCUUGCCGAAAGAAGCGACAACAAAGCCCGUCAGGCCGGCCACUGACGUGUCUGUGUGUUUGCAGUCAUGAUCACUACGGUACGUCCAUUCCGAUGUCGAAGGUGAUGGAUCCCGAGGGCGGCGUGCUGCUGGCGUGGGAGUGCAACGGAGAGCCCCUCCUGCCCGACCACGGAUACCCAAUACGUGUUGUCAUGCCGGGUACGUCACGGGCAUGAGACACUCUCACACACAUCCACCUCACCUGCAUAUGGCGUAUGUAUGUUGGUCUCUGUGUGUGUGCAGGGUACAUUGGUGGCCGUGCGGUCAAGUGGCUGACCAACAUCAGUGUGUCCAAGGAGCAGAGCACCAACUACUACCACUACCGCGACAACAAGGUGUACCCCAGCCACGUCGACCAGCAGAACGUCGGCCCCGAGGGAUGGUGGGAAGACAACACAUGGUGCAUCAACGUGAGCCGUCACACUACCCGCACCAGCGAAAACCGAGAAGCGCCUUCAUUUCAUCUCAUAUUUGAUGUGUGGUCCUUUUGCUUGCAUCACAUGCAAUGCAGGAUCUGAAUGUGAACGGAGCGAUCACCAACAUCCUGCACCAGCAGACCCACGACAUUUCCAAGCCCCUGAAGCUCUCGGGCUACGCCUACUCGGGCGGCGGGCACCGCAUCAUCCGGCCCGAGGUGUCGAUCGAUGGCGGCAAGACGUGGAAAAUGGCCACCAUUACCGUCGAACCCAAAACACGUGAGGGAGGGACGGAGGGAGGGAGGGAGGAAGAGAGAGGGAGGGAGAAAAGCCAGAGGGGCGUCGUUGUCGCCUUUGUGGAUGUGUUGUUCUUGCCUCGUGUGUGUGUGUGUGUGUGUGUGUGUGUGUGCAGAGUAUGGUCGCACUUACGAGUGGUCCUUCUGGGAGACGGAGGUGCAGCUGACGCCGUCUACUGAACAGAUCUGCUUCAGAGCAUGGGUAAGGCGCGAACAGAAGACAUGCCCGUGCACACUACACCCGUCCCUCCUGUCCACACCGCAUGCGUCCGUCUUGCUGCCCUCCCUUGUGCAUUGCAGGACGAUGCGAUGAAUGUCAUGCCGGACCGGCCGAAUUGGACUCUGAUGGGCAUGCUCAACAACUCCUGGUACCGCAUCCAGGUCACCAAGAAGGCAGCCAACACCGUCGAGCUCGGCCUGCCCCACUGGGCGCACAAGGACGCACCCAACCACCCUCUCAACGUACUCAAGGCACCACACAUCACCGACACACUUGGCGGCCCCACCAGCACCACAACCACCACAACCACACCAGCAGCAUCGGCCAGCAAGGGCGGCGCGGCACCAGCUGUCGCUCCAUCGGUCGCCUUGAUGGGCGGCAUGGCGGUUACAUGCAGCCUGGCCGCCGGGCUGCUGGGGUUUGCGCUCGCGCAGAGGAAGACAGUGUAGGCAGGGCGGGGAGGGUGGCCGACCCGGGGUGCGGUGCGUGCGUGAGUUUGUUGUGCAUGUGCUGUGCAUGCGUCGAGUCGAGGGGUGGUGCUGUGUUGUAUAGCGGUAGCCAGGUAACUGACUGACGGGGACGGUCCGGAAUGGUUGGGCCAGCCAGUUGUUUCUCGAUUGGUGGCGGCGUACUCUGCAGGCAGAUCGGAUCACUUUUUUGACCGUGAAUGCCUGUACGUGUGAGUGCCGUGCCCUUCUCGCGUAGCUAGGUGCAGUGCAUCCACGAACCUUGUGUGUGUGUCUGGCAGCAAGAGGGCUGCCGGUUUUGGGGGAUUGCUGCGCUGCGUUGAUUGCCUGGCGCCAUUUUGCGUCCAUGCAUUUCCUAAGCCUCAUCAGAAGCCCUACUAAAACAUGUUCGUUCGUGUGCUUUGAUUGCAUGUCUGUCUGUCUGUCUGGCUGUCGAUGCGAUGAGUACGUGUGCGCUGUGCGUGGGGAUGGCGCAGCAAACCUUUGAUGGCUGACCGAUCGAAUGGAAUGGUUCGUUCUUUUGCGGAGAUGCAUUGCAUUGGAAAAGGCAUGGAGGC